UGCAUUCGAACGGAACGUAACGGGCAUGACGGGAAAUACCGUACGCGUACGUGUACCGAGAAAGUGCAGUUGCAACUGCAGCUGACGCCUGCAGUGGGCACCGAACAAUUCCCACUGUUCUAACGCGGUGGAUCCAUUACAAGAAAAUACAAGAUAUCUUGAACGUUCUGCCAACUAUUUCUCUUUGCUUUUCCAGAGCUUCUGCUACUCUCAAGAGGAACAGGCGAACUUCUACGCGGAUAAACUUGUAUAACGAACGAACAAGGAGUGUCUGUCCAUGGUCUGGCAAAUCGUCGGCCAGCCUCGUGAGUCAGCCUUCGGCUAGGAUUGGCAGCAAUGAGAUUUCGCUAACUUUGCGCGAAUCAUAGUCGCCAAAUGGAUCUUUUCACCCUCUCUCUCUCUCUCACCCUCUCUCUCUCUCCCUCUCUCUCUCUCUCCCUCUCUCUCUCUCUCUCUCUCCCUCUCCUGCCGCUGGACCACGAUGCUUCACGGCGCGUUCCUCCCAACUGCAAGAAACUUAUCUAAUGUAAUUUCAGGUUCGCUAGACUACGUAGUAUCGGGGUUGGAGGUGCAAAAGAGGAAACGGUUAUCUCGUCGUUUUCGGCUUGUUGGACACAUAUAGGGGACGCAAUGAUGACGGAUAUUCUAAUGGAAAAUUGAUGGGCUUAGAAAGGUGGAUACCCAAUCUUCGGUUACUGGCGCCUCUUCAUCAGUGGUCUUCCAACUGGUACUUGUUCACUAGCCAUCCGGCUGCUCUGUGCCAUUCUUACAAAUUAAAAGGGAAUGAAGAUAGGUGUAAUGAAAUCGAGCUGUACCAGCUCACAUCAAGCACGUCCUGGCCGCUGUCGACGACACCAAUGCAGAAAAGCCGACCACGGACACCCGACCAAAUAGAGGAAGCAUAUUUAGAGAUUCGUCAGCACGCAUUCCGAAUAGUAACGGUAACCGAACCACCUGUACAAAACGCUGGAGCAAGCGAACCAUUGGUCGCCUGCUACAACGCGUUGAACGAACAAAUGAUCCAACUGCAGACGCUGAGCUUUGGCAGUGCCCGCCCUUCACGACGACGAAGCCGGAACCCUCGUAGAUCGACUUCGAGAGAUAGACUACAGCAGCUCGGGUUCUGUUACUACCACGCGACGUUCAAAGAACGCGCGAAGAAAUGUCGUUCCCCAUGCAGCUGGAACCAGCCGUCCGCAAACACGGCAUGCGACGACAGUCUAGUAUCCCGCCGCAUCUUUGUCACAGACAGGAAGUCGAAAAUCUCCUUCCUCGUGGACACCAGCGCCGAUAUAUGCGUAUACCCACGUAACAAACUACGCGGAUCCGCGAACAAAGAUACGUACGAGCUGUUCGCGUCCAACGGGUCACGCAUCGCGACCUACGACACCAUCCUAGUGUCCCUCGACCUAGCAUUGCGUCGAGCACUGAAAUGGCGUUUUAUAAUAGCGGAUGUUAACACGCCUAUCAUCGGCGUGGACUUCCCUUAGCCACAAGAAGUAAACGCCUCAUAGAUUCAAUCACGUUGGCCCUGUACAACCACCCUAUGACGGGCCAUAUAAGGUGAUACAAUGAGGCGAGAAAAAUUAUACUGUAGAAGUAAGCAACAAGCAUAUAAAUGUAUCCAUAGACUGACUAAAACCCGCUUUCGUUGUACCCGACGAUAUCGAACAUCAGCAGCGCGAAAAUAGCAUAGGAACCCACGACGUGUUCAUACCGCUCAAAACCCUAACUACUCAAAACGCUGAGCGGGCACAGCAAAACGAAGGUGACUCAAGAAGCUAUUACACCACGCGCGCGGGCAAGAAAGUUCAUUUUCCUGAUCGUUUUCAGGCAGGUCGUAGAUAAGCUAGCGCGUAGAUCUACCUGCUCGAAGAAAAAAAACGUUAUUACUGGUAAGGGGGUACUGUAGCGGCAUUCGACAGCAAACCUUCCAACUGUUUCUGUCCCGUGGUUUGCUACACAGAGACCCCAUCUUUCGGACAAGAUGAUUGCCAGAUGUCGAAAUAUUUUCAUAGCAUACUUUCAACUAACUAGCCUAAGGACCUGCUAUAAAUCUUAGGAUUUUUGUAGCUAAGGUCCUUCAAAUGAACAAACAGUUUUAGUCUUAGCAUUCCUAAAUUUGUUACCUACUACGGAAAGAUAUGGGAAAUCUAAUUUUUCUCACGUACGAUGCUUCCCGCUAGCAAUUUUCUCUCGAGGGCGAUUAACAUUCUUCCCCAAUCACCAACCUAGAGAUUAACCAAUUAACAGCGACGUCCAUUUCUUUCCUCGGCUUUCCUCGACGAAUCCGGUGAUCUCGUAUCCUAAUCCCAUCAUAGUUUUCCUCUGUAGCACCAUCGUGACGGAAAGGCAGUUGGUAGUUGACUAGAGUUCCUCGACGCAUCUUGAGCAAUCAUCAUCCUAACUUGUACCGCGCACUCUGCUCAACAGCUAUCGUAACACAUCGUCUAAAAGUUGAGUUAUAACCCGAAGUGCGAACCGCCAAGUGUAAUUGCGAGCUCUACGUAAAGUGUACAUCGAGAGUAUUAUUAAUAAAUAUACUGUUAAUUAUACUCAAGUAAUUCUUCAACACCUAUCACGACCUAUCCACUUCAAUUUUAUUCCCUUGGUGAUAGAAUGACAGCUGUUGUUGAUAUGUAUGCGGUACGAAUCGUUAUACAAAUGUCACUUUAAAGUCAACAACAACAACGUUAGGACGUUAGGACAC